GAAUUGAAGACGCGCAUUUCUCGUGUUGUAAACAGACAGAAACGCACCGCUAUGUGAAAUGAAAUGGGGAUUAAUUCGACAAUCAUCUUGUUGUUGUGUUUCGAAACGGGUUGUCUUGUAAGCAUUAAUUUCGCCUAAUAAUUCUUCACCCAUUCUGAAUGGAACUGAAUGGUCAUCAAACUGAAGAUGGAACGUCGGGGGAGACCGAGAAUGAUGAAGCCAUUGGACCGAAGCAGACGCACCAACAGCAGCAGCAGCGUCCAUGGAAGGAGACGCCAAGUAGUGUUAGCUUUUUGGCUACCUCCAACAUGGAGGGUGCAUCGGCCGGGGGAAGUGCCUCAAUCUCUCGGAAGACAUCCAGCUCGAGCACCGUUAGACAAAGGACCGAGUCACUGAAAAAGAACAGGCCCCCAUUCCCCUGGUUUGGUAUGGACAUUGGCGGGGCGUUGGUGAAGCUAGUGUACUUUGAGCCGACAGACGUGACAGCGGAGGAGGAGCAGGAGGAGGUUGAGAACCUGCGCAGCAUCCGCCACUACUUGACAUCCCACACGGCUUAUGGGACCGCCGGAAUCCGCGACGUGUACCUUGAGCUGCCAGGGCUGUCGCUGUGUGGCCGCACGGGCAGUCUGCACUUCAUCCGAUUCCCCACGCACGACAUGGCCGGCUUCCUGCAAAUGGUUAGAGACAAGCAUUUUUCCAGCCUACACACCACGCUCUGCGCCACCGGAGGAGGGGCGUUCAAGUUCGAGCAGGACUUUCUCAUGAUGGCAGAUCUCGAGCUGCAUAAGCUGGAUGAGCUGGAGUGCCUGAUCCGGGGCGUCCUGUACAUCGACUCGGUGUUGCCCUCCGAAUGCUACUACUUCGAGAACCCCACUGAACUAGAGCGCUGUGAGGAGAAGGCUUUUCCCCUGGAGAACCCGUACCCUCUUCUACUGGUCAACAUUGGCUCGGGAGUCAGCAUCCUGGCGGUCUACUCCAAAGACGACUACAGACGCGUCACGGGAACCAGCCUGGGUGGUGGUACAUUCCUGGGCAUGUGUUGCUUGCUGACUGGCUGCAGCACCUUUGAGGAGGCUCUGGAGAUGGCCUCACGGGGGGAGAGCACACAUGUAGAUAAGCUGGUGCGAGACAUCUACGGGGGAGACUACGAGAGGUUCGGCCUGCCAGGGUGGGCCGUGGCUUCAAGUUUUGGGAAUAUGAUGUGCAAAGACAAGAGAGAGUCUGUCUCUAAGGAGGAUCUGGCUCGAGCCACACUGGUCACCAUCACUAACAACAUCGGCUCCAUCACACGCAUGUGUGCUCUCAACGAGAAUAUUGAGAGAGUUGUGUUCGUGGGGAACUUCCUGAGAGUGAACACACUGUCCAUGAAGCUGCUGGCUUAUGCCAUGGACUACUGGAGCAAAGGACAGCUGAAGGCUCUGUUCCUAAGACAUGAGGGUUAUUUUGGCGCUGUGGGAGCAUUGCUGGAACUGCUGAAACCGUCCUGAACAUUUCCCAUUUCUUUACACUGCUGAGCACUAGACAAACAUAUGUGUACACACACACACACACACACACACUCACUCUCUCUUAUCUGUCCUCUGACCUGGGUGUAGUCAGCCGGGUCUCCUCCUUCAGGCGCCCACUUAAACCCAAUCGUUCUCAUCACACCGUCUCUGGCUAAGCCUGUGUGUGAUCUCCACUCACAGUUAGGCCAGUCCCCCGGGGCGAGGGUUUCUCCAGCUGAUCCCUUCCUCUUUGUCUUAAACUCUGUCGCCAUGUAGCCUUAAUCACUCACAGCCCACUCGCUCUGUAGACAGAUGCUCCACUCACUGGAGUUCUUCUGCGCUUAGAGCCCUCAGCUGAACUUAAGCCCUGUUAGUGGGUUUGCUGAAUUGUUGUAGCACAUGGCCUUAAGCUAAUAAGGGAUACUAUGCAUCAGCAGCUGGUGAUUGACAUCAGAUGUAAACUAAGGUUACGAAUGUUGCCCUGCUACUAAGCAAUGGUUUGUUUACUCUAGACAUGUACAGACAAUCAGACAGCAGACCUUUUCAGGUCCACUUCAGCUGGAUAGUAGAGCCAAAGAUCUUUGCUUUCUGUUGAACGUCAAGUCAAAGAUGUCUCUCGGUGUGUUUUAAUGUCCAUGGUGUUUGUUCUGGUUACGAUGAUCUGGUUAUGUUCCAACGGAAUGUGGAUCAUCUUGAAACAGACUUGUCUCCUAUUUCGAGUGCUAUACAGAGCAGUUUGUUUUUAUUGAACUCUGUGAGACAUUUCAGUUGAUGUGGGACCAGUCACCUAAACCACACAAGGAAAAUUUCAACUCCUUUACUUAGCACAUAUGGCUCCUCACAGACUGAUUCAAACUAAAAACAAAUGGGUCAUUUAAUAUUUGGUCAUGUAUAUAAUAUUACAAUUAUAAUAAUAUUGAACUGUGAGGUAAAAAUGGAGAAUCGUAUUUACUCUGAAGUGCCUGUAAGACAAAGAAGGUCUAUAUGCUUUAAAAAAAAAAAGUAUUUUUUUAUGAUGCUGUUAAACAAAGAUCUACAACCAGUUGCUGUUAUGGAGCUUAUUGCACACAUCUGCACAAAAAAAAAAAACUAUUUCUACUUUUUUUUACUGUAAAGAAUGUUGUUGGUUGCAAUAAAAUAUGUUUAAAGUGA